GAACCAAUACCGUUGGCAGCCAUGCUGUUCAGCCGUGGUGCGCUCCCGACUCCGACGAUGUUUGUGCGUGCCUGGCACGGCAGCUGUCUCAUUGUCGUGUUCGCUGUCACCGUUGUCGCGUGAGAAGGCUCGCGUACGCGCGGACACCACGGUGCGAUAGCGUCCCGACACUACCGAGUGUGCCGUCCAAAUCAACGCGACAUGUCAAGUCAAAUAUGCCUAAAGUGGAACAGUUUUCUCAGCAACAUUGCAACCAGCUUCGAGAGCCUGUGGGAGGAAGAAGGUCUAGUGGACGUGACUCUCGCCAGUGACGGACAGUGUCUCACGGCUCAUAAGGUGAUACUCUCGGCCAGCAGUCCCUUCUUUAAGAAGGUCUUCCAGACAAACCCAUGUCAACAUCCGGUUAUAAUACUGCAGGAUGUACACUUUAGUGAAUUGGAGGCACUACUUAUAUUUAUAUAUAAAGGAGAGGUAAAUAUUGAGCAAAAGAAUUUACCAGCGCUUUUAAAAGCAGCAGAAACAUUACAAAUUCGAGGCCUGUCUGGUGGAGAUAUCUUUGGAAAAGAGUCUUAUAAACGGCUGGCUGAAUUAGAACAGACUGAUGGGGAAGAUGUACCACUCAUCAAAGAGGAAACAUCUAAGAAGAAACAAAAAGUUAGCAAACAGCAGAAUAAUUCUAUUUUGGAGAAAGCACUGACACCUAGAAUAUCACAAUCGGAAAAUACAAAUGAAUCGGCCGUUAGUGAUCAAAGUGGGAAAGAUGGAGAAUACAUGUUGCCUGAGUCAUUACCUAAUCCAGUAUAUCAUCGUUUGGAGAUGAAAAUAGAACCAUUGGAAAUGACAGUAGAGGAUCUUCAGAAAUCUUCACAAUCUCCAUUGGACAAGGAAACAGCAGAAAGGCUAGACACAGGACAAACGGAUGAAAAUCAAGGGUCUGGGAACAGUCCUGCUGAAGACAUUUCCGGUUUAUCUGGCUUGUCCGGGCUAAGUGGAUUCUCGGACGUCAAACCGCUGCUUUACUCGUAUCAGCACCUACCUUAUGCCGAUCUCCUGCCGAGCCCGGACAUAAUUUCGACCUGGGCGUCGUCUCGACCGAUGGAUCAUUUAGCCUGCGAUCUCAUGAAAAUCCUUUUCACGCCGGAAGAGAGGAUUCUCUGCAAUGUCAACGGCAAGAUGGGCAAGCAGCAAUUUGACAGUAACAAAAUACACUUAAUCCGGGAGGUCCUGUUGCACUUCAGCGGCAUAGCGCCGAAUAGCAUCGAAUGGGAGGAAGCGUGGAAGAAUUGCGUAACCAAAAUUGAUACUAGCAAUAGGGGCUUGAAAAGGUAUCUGUUUCAGAGGCGUUCGGUCUACACCCAAUGACUAGGGCGUUUUAGGUCAGGGGUCAAACGGAAACGUUUCCACUGGCUGGAAUAGGAUCGUUUUUCUUUUUUUAAACCCGUCGCCCCGUUUUUGCUCGCGGGACUCGUCCGUCGCUUGCUUCUCUUCGAUAUGAGCUUUUGCGCUUUACAUUUAGGGCGUUGUAAAAAAUUGGUGUAAGUAAUCAAUAAGAUUCGCGCGUAUGUAGCCAUUACGGAGGAAGAAGAGACGGACGGUCAGGCAUCCGUGAUUAAAAAUUGCAGAAUUAACAUGCAAUAGGAUCGAAGCGAGCGUUCUCCGAUGCACGGUGAUGAUUCUAGAUUGUAGAUUUUCGGGGUGACAGGGUGUUUAGGAAGAGAUUGUCAUUGUAGAUCAUUGUAAACGCGGUCGAGAAUUAUUUAUACGCUUUAGGUUUGCCACUCAGCGUGACAGGUGGCAAACGAUCGAAUAAUUCUAAGCCCUUUUCGUAGUUCCAUUUUAAUUUUAUAAAAGGUGAAAAUUUUUAUCUUUUCAAAAGAUGGAAAUGUUCAUCUUAUUAAAGCUGAAAAUUUUUAUCUUAUCAAAGAAAACUUUGAGGCACUUCGUUUGAUCUCUCCUCUCGUUCUUCUUCACGCUCGCACUUCGUAUGUACAACCCCUUAAUGUACGCAUUUCUUUUUUCACUUUUUUGGGAAAAAUCAUAAAACACCUUUUGCUUGAAAUUAGGAUGUAAAAAUGUUAUAGUAUCUUUUCUCAUUUUUAUGAUGAAAUAUUUUUACUAUAACAGAGAGAGAGAGUGACGGCAAUAAUAGGCAUGCAGAAAUCUAUUAGGAAAUCCUUGCAUAUGUCGCAGGUGUGUACUUUAAGGGGUUGAAGAAUCUUUUCUCUUGUCGCGGACGCGCUCACGAGCGAGGUCAAUUGUCCAGCUGUCUGCGCAUCUUUAUUUUUCAUAUGGCAUCUUGAAUAACGUAACAUUCCUCCUUAUUGUUUAUUUACGGUAUAUUCAUGCGAGAACUUACUUUGAUGAUAAAACAUGAUAUUAAAGAGUUGGCGUAUCGGGGAGACACGCAAGUCUCUCUUUUUUCUCUCUCGCACUCGAAUAUACACAUCACGUACUCGCUCACACAUUAUCAAUACGGACGGGAUGCGCGUGCAUACGCGUACACGUACUCACGUAGAGGUAUAUAUAUGGUAUGUAUGUAAAUAUAUGUAUUUACACGAGGAUAUGUGUUGGUCGUGGCGAUCACGCGCGUGUGUAAAUACGCAGCACGCAACGAUCACGGCAGUUCUAUGUAAACUUAAAAGAAAGAGAAACCGUAGCUCGUAUGACAGGAAUAGUGAUUUUAAGACAUGCUUCUAGAGUAUUUAAAUCGCAGCAGAAGGUGGUGUUCAGGGUACGCCACAAACUAUUAGGAUAUGCGUUGCAAAUCAACGUAUGAUUUUUACCGUGCGUCCCUUUCUCGAAACUCGCGCGAAAGUGUUCUUUGAUCUCUGUUUACUUGUAAAGUCAUGUUUUUAUUGGUUGUGCGAUACAUUGAUCAUUGAAACGUACUGACAGCUUCGAGCCGGCUAUCAUUUAAAUUGAUAUUAUUGUAGACAAGAGAAACGACUGUUUGCAAAUAAACCUAUUUUUCAUUUUUAA